UAAUAAUGUCUCAGUCCUCUAGGAGGUGUACCAGGUUGUAUAAACAUUGAAAUAACGUCUCUGUCCUCCAGGAGAAGGUGUACCAGGUUGUAUAAACGUAAUAACGUCUGUCGUCCAGGAGAAGGUGUACCAUGUUGUAUAAACGUUGAAAUAACGUCUCUGUCCUCCAGGAGAAGGUGUACCAGGAGAAGGAGAAGAAGACAGAGAAGAAUGAGUACUUCCAGACCCAGUGGAGAAAACACGUAGAGAAGGUCACCAUCCCUCCUAAACAGACUCCCGUCUACCUGGCCGUCAGCAAGGGCCCGAGCAAGGAGAAGAAGCACAGGAACGGUCUGCUGCGAGCGGUGACAGGUAACUUCCACCGUGCCUCUCCUCUCGCCCCGUCCGGCACCGUCGCCUCGUCCUCCAUGGAAUACCUAGAGAUCCACCCCCUCUUCCCCCGCACGUCCCAGCCAACCAGGCACCUAGAAACCCUCCAGGCAGCCAAUACCAGCCCUGACCACAUCCCCGCCCCCCCGGCUCCGUCUCCAAUCGGCAUGCACUCCUACGACUCCCUCGCCAAAGCUGAGACAAUCGACGACGUCGUGGUCCCCGCCUCGGCCACACCCUGGUACAAACUGACCAAUGGGACCUUCUCUCCUCCGCGACACGUCUCAGCCUUCCACCCUGAUUCGUCCUACCUAAAAAAGGCGACUAUCCCCAGCCCCCCCGUCCUCAUCGUCAACCCCCAGCCAAAAAACUCCUCCUCUAACUCGGGUGACAACCCCCCUAGUAUCUUCGGCAGCCCCCCGGGAGGUUCUGCCUUCUCCCCGCCCAAAUCAGCCUUCAGUCCCCUCAACCCAUCCUCUGCGUUCAGUCCUCCGUCCGCCGGGGGCAGCGUUGAGCCAGACAGCCCCCAGCACAGCAAGUUCCCUUCUAUGGGCAUCGGUCAGAUCCUGAAGAAGAAGGGUCCCUUCCAGCCGUUCAGUUUCAGGGCGGAGCAAGCGGUGGAGGAGGAUCUGGUGUCUCCGCCCCCGUACCACAUGCAGACGCUGCUCUGCGCCUCCGGGGCGCUCAAGACCCUCUGCUGAAGCAUUGUGGGUAGCGGUACAAAGAUGAUGAUGUGGCUCUGGUCCAAAGUAGUGCACUGUGAAACGAGGGGAUAGGGUGGGGUCGUUUUUGAGUUCACUCCUGAGCAGCCUUGGAUUUCGUCCUCUGCGGAGGCAGUCGCCAUGACAACACUACGACUCUAGAGACCCUCUUGGUAUCACAGAGAUAAACUAUUGUAAUAAUAGUAAUUAAUGCAUUAAACAUUAAAGACAGAGAAAGAUUAAGGUGGAUAAAAUGCCACGUUGUCAACGAGUGUUUCGGCUGACUAAAGGCCUUUGUUGUGACACCGGUGACUGGAACACAUGACCAACCAAGCUCCACAGUGUUACCUGUCAUUGUUGUAUAUUGUGCUGUGAGAGAGAGCUGAGUGACAACACACACACACAGAG